AUCAUUCACACCGAGCUACACCUUCAAGAAAUAGUAGGAGAGGGAAACGUUACUGUAAGAUGAAAACUGCAGAACAUAUUUUUUUGUAUUAUUACGUUAAAAUAUACUACUAGAUAGCGGUUGAUUCUGUAUAUCUGUAAAAAAAAAAGUUUGUGGAAAUAUUGGGAGAUGGUGUCCACUCUCUCGUCUUUUCAGACUCAGUUAGCUUCCAUCAUGGAAACACUUGCGCAAACGGCUGCAUUAGAGAUAAGCAAGCUCGUGGAUGUGGAGUGUGAAGUGUUGCUGUCGGAGGUCUCCCGCAGCCGCAGUGAGAUCAGCGCACUGAGGAAGAGACUGAGGCUGAUGGAGGUCCAGCUGUGGACGAGCACUGGACAAACACUGACGGAGAGUCUCACAGGUGUUAAGAGUGAACGUGACCAAGAGGAGAUGCACGAUCAUGUGAACAGGUGUACAGGCCCAACAGGAGACAUCCCAACAGUAAUUCAGCAAGACCAAGACAGUCCACAGCAGAAGUGUGAGGUAAACCAGCCAAUUAGUAUGGUAAAGCAGGAGCAACAGGAAGUAGAUGUUUGGAUUGGUCAAGACAACAGUGAAGCAGGAACCCAGUGUGGUGAAGCUGUGAGCCUGUCACCCAUCAAGGACGCUCUCAAAACGGUUCCUUGUGUUGACAGAGGAAAUGGAGAAAAUGCAACCGCAAGAGUCCCAUCUAAAGCAGAAUCACCAAAAGUGAACACCUCACCCGGAACAAUCACGGCGAACCAGACUGUGGCAAACGAUGAUCCAAACACAUCUUUCAGUCACACACAGAGUUUGAGUGCAUCACGCACCGCAAAAAAAUCCAGUGCUAACGCUAUUUCAGGGGAUAAGCGUUUUGUUUGCUCCUACUGUUCAAAGAGGUUCAGGUGUUUUAGUCAACUUACAGUACAUCAGCGGAGUCACACAGGUGAGAAGCCAUACAGGUGCACGCUUUGUGGAAAGAGCUACAUUCAGAAAGGACACCUGUACACCCAUCAGCGCACCCAUACCGGAGAGAAGCCCUAUCGAUGUUCGCUCUGUGGAAAAGGCUUUAUUCAGAAAUGCACUCUAGACAUGCAUCUGCGAAGUCACACUGGAGAAAGACCCUACACUUGCACAAAAUGUGGGAAAGGCUUCACCACCAAAUUCAAUCUUAACAAACACUUAUCUUGUCAGACUUGCAACAACAUUAGUUAACGACAGUGAGCUUGAGUAAAUUGAAACUGCCUUGAUUUGCACUCCACAGAGAUCAUUUUAAAAAAUGUACAGUUUGUUAAGCUGUGUGAUUCAUGUGGCGUCAGAUCAGCAUUAAAUGAAAAAAUCAUGUCUGAAAAAAGUGAAA